AGAAACCUCUCACAAACCCUCAUUUCUUUGCCUUGGGCGAUAGAAAGACUGCAUCUUUGCGUGUAGUGUUGCUUUUCUCUGCUAUUCUUUUUUCCAGUUUUCCGCACUCAUACCCAAAAUAUACAGAAACUAACGAAGAGAUCAAAGUUGGAAUCUUGACAUGGCUGCUAAGAGCUCCUUCAAGCUUGAAAACCCUUUGGAAAUGCGGCAAAAAGAAUCUGGUCACAUCAGGGAGAAGUAUCCUGACAGGAUUCCAGUGAUUGUUGAGAAGUUAGAAAGGAGUGAUGUUCCUGAUAUUGAUAACAAAAAAUACCUUGUACCUGCUGAACUUACAGUUGGGCAGUUUGUGUAUGUGGUUCGGAAGAGGAUCAACAUUCCUGAUGAGAAAACAGUAUUCAUGUUUGUCAAUAACACACUGCCACCAACUGCUGCAUUGAUGUCAGCAAUUUUCGAGGAAAACAAGGAUGAAGAUGGCUUCCUUUACAUGACUUACAGUGGAGAAAACACAUUUGGGUUCAAUGAGUAGUUGUAAAGAUAGAUGUUAAUCUGUAUGUUUCUGUAAAUCUGUUCAGCAUAUAUAGAAUGAAUAUAAUGAAGUUGGUAAUAAUUGUAAAUUCUUUGGCAUUCUUUAUCAACACUUGCGCAUUUGUUAGGAAA